AAGGCCCCAAAUAAGUUGGGGCCUUAAUGCAGCCGUCUGGGCUCUGAUUUCCAAUCUUAACAUCAUAUUUACAUCUUCUCUCCAAUUUCCUCUCUGCUUCCUGUACAAUAAAAGCCAGAAUAUGUGCGCGCAACUGUCCUGUGUGAGAAUGUAUUUGCUGUAUUCCCUAUGUCUUGUGUUAUUUCAUGGAUUCUCCUUGCAAAGUCCGGAUGUUUUAUUAAAGUAAUAAAUUAUUUAUUUUAUGAUUAAUAUUUAUUUUCUUACAUAUUGCAUUUUAGAGUUGACACGUCUCACUUUGUCCCACACAAGCAGUCUCUGUCCCAGUUGUUAGGAUCUAAUGCAAAUUAGAUACAGAAACAAACAGCAGUAACCAUGGACUAGAAUAUGUUAUACAGUUGUGUAUUUUGAAAUCCUACAUUAUGAAGGAAGAGAAAUAUAUUCAAAUCCAGGUGGAAACAUGAAACUGGAUCUUAUCUUCAUGAGCUUAAGAGAGACAAACAUCCUGAAAGAGGAGAGAAGCUACAUCAACACGAACUGACUCUUAUUUUACUUAUUUGUAGAGGAAGAGGCAUCAGGGAACAUCCUCUGGUCUGAACACAGUUUAGUCAUAGUUAGUGAAGAAAAAAGUCAUUUUAGUGUGUUUGUCCUCCAAAGAUGCUGUGGAUUCUAUUCUUCCUCUGUCUGAGUGGAAAGCUGUGUGCAAAUCAAGCGACAGUUUCACCCCCAGAUUACUGCAACACACCAGACAUAAAGCUGACUGACAAGAGAGCAUACCAGUCUACAACCGAUACAUGGUUACUAACACCGCUCACUGCUGACAGAGCCUUUGAUGAGGAUCAAUCAACAUGUUCUUACACCGAGUAUCAGACUAACUCCUGGUGGAUUGUAGACCUGCAGGGUGUUUACAACAUUAGCUGUAUCUCUAUAAGUAAUUUUGACUAUGGAGUUAAGUGGACUAAUAUAUCAGGUGCCAAGAUCUACAUCGGGAACUCUCGUCAGAACAACGGCACCAACAACAAGCUGGUCCAAAACAUCACAAAUUUUCAAACAAAACAAAUCAAUGUCUAUAAGUUUCGUUCAUCAGUGUCGGGGCGAUACGUCACUGUGAUCAUACCAGAAGAAAAAUAUAUGGUUCUGUGUGAAGUGAAAAUCACUGGAACAAAAAUGGCUUCACCUUUUCUACUGAUUGACCAAAACAAGACGUGGGAAGAAGCUCUGAACUACUGCAGAGAUAACCACAGGGAUCUGGCCUCCAUCUUGGAUGGACAGAUGCAGACCUUCGCUGAGCUGGCGGCUGAGAAAGCCAACAGUCCCUACGUUUGGAUCGGACUUCACUACAUCUCCUCCCUCCAUUACUGGUUCUGGGUUGAUGACAGUGCUGUAGAGAUUAAACACUGGGGUUCCGGCGAACCAAAAGAAAACUGUGACACCAAUGGAGCCAUGCAGAAAAAAGGAGACCAUUUGUGGUUUAGCAAGUCUGAUUAUGAUAAGUUUAAUUUUAUCUGUGCUGUAAACUAAGAGCUGUGACGUCUGAGUUACCAUGGCUUUACUUUCAGUGUAUCAUCCAAAAAAAAAAAAAAAAAAAAAUCAUGUCUUGUGUUGUUGAAUCACUUAGCAUGUUUGAUUUUCUGUAUUGCUCUAUAUUGUAGACCUUUUGUCUAAUCUCUGAGAUUAUUUUGCCAUCUAUGUAGAUUUGACUAAUUAAUUUAGGAAGUCCCUGGAUAAACUAAAUAUGUUCUCAUCCCUGGCAGAUUUAUUUAUUACCUUCUAGCUGGAAUGGAAAAUCUAUUGUGUUUUUUUAGCUUUAUAUCAUGUUAUAAAGUUAUUCCCUCAUCAGAAAUAUA